AUGGUGACCAAUUCCGACAUCGUUCUAAGCGGUUCACUGUGCGGAAACGUCGUCGAACUGCUUCCAAAACAGCUUUAUUUCGCAUCAUUCAAAGUACCUCCUCACAAAGCUGAUCCACAUGUUCGCUAUAUCGAUCUGGACAACCGUGUGCAUUAUGAGCCCUUCUAUGGCGAUUUCGGUCCCCUCAACCUUUCCGUUCUAUACAGGUUUACGCGAUAUCUUCACGGUCUUGUCGAGGCUCAACGCAAACGAAAAAUCGUGGUCUACACUGAUGACGAUGAUCGAAACCGUGUCAAUGGAGCCUAUAUUAUGGGAUCGUACAUG